AUGGUGGCGCUGCGGCCUGGUGCCCCCGCCGCCGCCGCUGCCGCCACCACCGGCGUCCCCCGCCGAAAUAGGGAUGAUCCCAUCCCACAAACUCUAGAAAGGGGUAAGCACGAGGAGCAAGCUGGCCCCAGCAGGGUCCAGGCCCCACCAGGCACGCUGCAACUGGCUGCUGCAGGGGAUGGCAGGUUCUGCCUGCAGAAGCGUUUACCGACCGGAGAGUGUCCAGGCCUGGAGCCACAGCUGGGAGCGUUGCCCAGUGGCACAGGAUUUUGGCCUGGCCACCUGCUUCCCACAGAUAACUCAAGUCGUGGGGGAGCUGCAGACAGCCCUUUUCUGCAAACUGGACCCCCAGAGGGAGAUGAGCUGGCAAGAGUGGCAGAGGGCACUGGCUUCCCGCCCCAGGAGCCACGGCGCAGUCCGCAGGUGAAGACGGGCCCCACAAUUUCCCCGGCAGAGCCACACUGCUGGCCGGCAGAGGCUGCCCUGGGCACAGGCGCCGAGCCCACCUGCAGCCAGGAGGGGAAACUGAGGCCUGAGCCAAGAAGGGAUGAGGAGGCUCAGGAGGCUGCGAGUGAGACUCUGCCCUUGAGCUCUCCCCCAACAGCCGCCAGCUCCAAGGCCCCCAGCAGCGGGAGUGUACAGCCACCAGAGGGUCACCCAGGCAAGGCUGAGCCCAGCCAGGCUAAGUUCCGCCCCCUGCCCAACAUGCCAAAGCUGGUUAUCCCCUCCGCCGCCACCAAGUUCCCCCCUGAGAUGACCGUCACGCCACCCACCCCAACCCUGCUCUCCCCCGAAGGCAGCAUCGCGGAGGAGACCAAGCAGAAGCUGAAGUCAGCCAUCCUUUCUGCCCAGUCUGCUGCCAACGUGAGGAAGGAGAGCCUAUGCCAGCCGGCCCUGGAGGUCCUGGAGACAUCCAGCCAGGAGUCCUCGCUGGAGAGCGAGACAGACGAGGACGACGACUACAUGGACAUUUGAGGGGCCACUGCAACCACACUGCCACGCCCCAGGGGACCAGCCAGGCCUGGAAUGCCCCCUAUGCCUGGACCAGAGGACCACAUGGAUGCCACUCCCCACACAGCUCCCAGGCCUGCCCAGCCCACCUCCUCAUGGCAUCCUCCCUGUACCCAGGUCAGGCUGUCCACACCGCAUGGGAGCCCAGAGGAGGAGGGGCCCGCCUUAGCCAUGUGAAGGUGGAUUGGUCGCCAUCUGCACACCAGGCGGCAUCCUUUUCUAUGAAAUGUUGACUUUGUAACUCUGCCCACACCCAGCUGGCCAUGUCCACCCCUCAACGCCGGGAUGAGCCGGCUCUGCCUGUGUCACAGUGCAGGGGGUCUUUAGGGCCAGGCUCACCCCUCACCCGUUUUUUGGUUGCUUUUCUAAUAAAGAUGGAACAGUU